AUGUUGGCAUCGGCUGCUCUUAAUCUGAGAUCAUCAUCAGCUUCCAGAACCUUCUCCAAAGCUCUUCCAACCUCCACCGCCGCUCCUUUCUCACUCGUACGGACUCUCUCUCGCUUCUCAGUCCGCUCUAUGGCCGACUCUGCUGCUGCCCCAUUCAAGAAAAUCCAAAUCCACAGAGGUGAUACUGCAUUUGAUGCAUAUGUUGUUGGAAAAGAAGAUGCUCCUGGGAUUGUUGUACUUCAAGAGUGGUGGGGUGUGGAUUUUGAAAUCAAGAACCAUGCUAUGAAAAUUUCUCAACUUGCUCCUGGUUUCAAAGCACUUAUCCCAGACUUGUAUCGGGGAAAGGUUGGUUUGGAUGUUGCAGAAGCACAACAUUUGAUGGAUGGUCUUGAUUGGCAAGGUGCUGUAAAGGAUAUCCAAGCUUCUGCUAAUUGGCUGAAAGCAAAUGGUUCAAAGAAGGUUGGUGUUACUGGAUUUUGCUUGGGGGGUGCUCUCUCAAUUGCAAGUUCUGUUUUGGUCCCUGAGGUUGAUGCUGUUGUUGCAUUUUACGGAGUACCGUCAUCAGAGCUUGCAGACCCUGCCAAAGCUAAGGCUCCUGUUCAGGCUCAUUUUGGAGAGCUUGAUAAUUAUGUUGGCUUCUCAGAUGUGGGGGCUGCCAAGUCUUUGGAAGAAAAGCUGAAAGCAUCAGGAAUCCUGUAUGAGGUGCACAUUUAUCCAGGCAAUGGGCAUGCCUUCAUGAAUAGAUCUCAAGAAGGUGUGAAGAGGAGGAAGAACAUGGGCCUGCCUGAUGAGGAUGAAGCUGCAGUUCAGCUGGCUUGGUCUCGCUUCGAGUCGUGGAUGACUCGUUAUCUUUCUGCUUAA